AUGUCUUCCACAACAGCUACUAAUACUUAUUUAAAACCAGAUUAUUUACAACCACUUAAUAAUACAUCUUUUUCAUCUUCAUCAACUUUGUAUGAUUCAAGUCAAAGUCCAUUAGCUUUACUUGCUCAAACAUGUUCGAGUAUUGGCAAAGAUUCUCCAUCACCUCCUUUAUCAUCAUCUUCAUGCUUGUCUUUAAAUACUUCAUUACUACCUAAUACAGCUCCGCCUAUUAUCACAUCUCUUGUAACUAAAUCAUCAUCUACUCUUUCAUCAUCAUCAACAACAUCUAAUAAUGAAAAACCUUUAUUAUCAUCUAAACGUUCAUCUCCAAUACAAUCAAAUAGUACAAUUACAAAUAAUAAAAAGUCAACUGUUCCAGUGAAACCCAGUACUAUUAUACCAUCAUCGUCUUUCGUUGAAUCAAAUCCAUUAUCAACUCAUUUACCAACACUAUUUGAUCCAACAACAACUGCUGCUACACUUCUUCUUCGUUCUUCACUUGCUUAUCUAGCUGCUCAACAACAACAACAACAACAACAACAAUAUCAUUCAUUUUCAACACCAUGUACAGUUCCUGGUUGUUUACAAUGUGAAACAGUUCGACAUAUUCUUGCAGCAUCAGUUCAUACACAACCAUAUAUUUGUCAUUGGUAUUCAUGUAAUGCAAAAUUUACAUCAGCUGAUGAACUUAUUGAACAUUUACGACAUAAUCAUACAUCAACAGGAAAAACAACUUCUAUGCAUCAACAACAUAGUCAUCAUCGUUUUCAUCCAUAUUUAAAGCCACCAUCAAUGUUGAAUAACAAUGAUCAGUUACCAUUCUUCUAUCCUCACUUGUCUUUGUCACCGAUGACAGGAACAACACGACGUACGAACAAUAAUACAAACAACAAUAAUUAA